GUCUGGGAAUGUGAUGACUGGACCCUUGUACGGUGCUGGUUAAUGAGCUGCUGAAUAGGCCACAUACAUAUUAGUACUUAACUGUGAGGCUUUUAAAUUUCCUUCCCAUGGCAUCAUCUCUGCACCUGCCUUUAUUACCAUUCCCAUGCCAAUGAGCCAUGUCCCCCUAGCAGCAUGUAUUUAAGCCACUCACUCACUCACACACACACGCACAUUAUAAUUCAGUAACUAGCUCCAUCAUGAAGUGUGUAGCUCUCAUUAUUACGUACCUACUAAGUGUGUUGGUAGCUGGCGAGUGCACCACUUGUCAUAGCUUGCCUAGGAGACACCCUGGACAAGUACUCACUAACACAGCCGGCUCUUGUCCAUCCACCCAAGAAGCCGUGAACCAAGUCAGUGCUGAUCUAGACACCAUUAUCGAUUCCCUCCUGCCUCAGUUGCAAGCCUCUCUCUCCCCUUCUCCUUGUGAAGGACUUGGCUGGACACAAGUGGCUAAUCUCGACAUGACUAAUUCCUCUCACUCUUGUCCUCAAGGCUGGGUCAAUGACUCCAUUCCUGGCAGUAAUAAAAGGCUGUGUCGACGGCCUGCUGGCUUUGAAUGUACCUCUGUCUUCUUCUCUACUCAAGAACUUCAAUAUAAUCAAGUUUGUGGCCUGGUCAGAGCUUAUCAGUACGGUAGCACGGAUGCAUUUCAGAAGUAUACCCUCAACCAAGAUCUGACUUUAGACGAUGCAUUCAUGGAUGGUGUUGUUAUCAGUCGAGGUGGUGUGACACAAAGAGAACAUGUGUGGACAUUUGCUGCGGGCCUUGGUGAAGUACAUGACACAGAUGAAGUGUGUCCCUGUGUCAGCUCUAUGCCAGAAGUGCCACCAUUCGUAGGGAGUAACUAUUUCUGUGAGAGUGGUGUAGUGAGUCAUGAUAACACAAGGAUCCAGCUGUAUAAGGAUGACCCACUAUGGGAUGGUACUGGCUGUCGGUCCACCAACAACUGCUGUGCUCGCAACAACCCACCAUACUUCAGUGCUGCCCUCCCCACCGCCUCGUGUGAUGAUCUGGAGGUGCGUAUCUGUGCCGGGAAUAGAGGUGAAGAAGAUGUGCCCCUCGAGAGAAUUGAACUAUACGUCAAGUGAAUUGUGUAUUUAGUGACUGUGUUUGUUCAUAAUAACUAUUCACUUAUUCAAUAUAAUAAUAUUAUGGUACAGUUGUUUUUAUAAUGACCACUGAUUGAUUGAUUGUGUUCAUUGCUGCAA